UAUUUAAGUUGUGUUUAUUUAUUAGUGUCAUUGAAGCUAGGCAGCUAUCUAUGGCAGAAUCAGACGAAGAGUCAGGUGGUCAAGCAUCAGGGAGCAAAGAACUUCAACAAGAAAGACUCCUUCCCAUAGCAAACGUUGGAAGGAUCAUGAAGAAAGCUUUACCAUCAAAAGCAAAGAUAUCAAAGGAAUCAAAAGAAACCAUGCAAGAGUGUGUAUCAGAGUUCAUAAGUUUCAUCACAGGAGAAGCUUCUGAAAAGUGUCAGAAAGAGAAGAGGAAAACAAUAAACGGUGAUGAUCUUGUUUGGGCCAUGACUACACUUGGUUUUGAAGAAUAUGCUGAGCCUCUUAAGGUUUAUCUUCAUAAGUAUAGGGAAAUUGAAGGAGAUAGGAAUUUUUCUAUGAAUAUGAUUGGUGGGAAAGAGCAGCAGGGUAGUAAUAAUACUGAUCAUCGAUUCUUUCAAGGGUGAUGAUGAUGAUGAUGAUGAUAAUAUUUGCAACACUAUUUCAGGUUUUUUUUAAUGUUUGAUUAUGGUUUAUAGAACUAUACACCAGUUUGUUAUAUUGUUGUUUGAAUUUUUUGUUAUUAAGAUUGAAGUAUAGACAUUAGUUAUAGUGAUUGUGAUUAUAUUUCAAAAUACAUAUAUUUUAGUGAUGAUUUGUAUUUUUGUUGUUGAGAUUGAUAUAUAUACAUACAUAUUGAUUUUGGUGAUUUGGGAUUCUUUCAUACAAGAGAAGAAAGUAAGACUACAUCUACAAAACAAGAGCAGGAAAUGAGAUUGGUAAAAGUUGUGUUUUGAUUCCAAUAGCAUACUAGCAUAUAUCCAAACAAAUGAAGAAA